AUGGCCAACACAGAAGACCGCAUGAUAAUCGGCACCAAUCGCACACCCACAAACCCCACACCCCUAUCCGCGCCCCAAGAACAACAAGUCAAAGACCUGUACUACAAAAACGUGCGCGCGAAAUGCGCAAAGGAGAUUGAAACCUUUGCGCAGUGUGCCCUCGGACGCACCUUCACAAUGAUAUACGCGUGCCGCCAACCACGACUGGCGAUGAAUAGUUGUUGGAGUGGUUUGCAUUGGCGGAGGAGAGGAGGCAGGCGCGAAUAG